AUGGCGGGCGGCUGGGAGACGGCACUGGGCCUGGGGCUCUGCCUCGCCGCCCUGCACCGCGGAGUGCUGCGGGACAAUUUCCGCCUGCAGCCGGGUGAUUUGGUGACCACAACGGGACAAGCAUUGGAGCUGGAUUGUGUCCCUCCCUUGGGGUACCCCGAACCCUACAUCACCUGGAAGAAGGACGGGGUGACCUUGGACUUGGUAGGUGGCAGGUACACGGUCACCAAGGGGAAGUUGCAGGUGGCAUCGGCACAACGGAGCGACUCCGGUCUCUACAUCUGCGUGGCGGCCAAUGCGGCGGGCAAGAGGGAGAGCCGGGGUGCCCGCGUCUCUGUGCUGGAGAAGCCAAGCAUCGUGCGGCACCCGAGCGACGCCGUGGCGGUGGCUGGCAGCACCGUGCAGCUGGGCUGCAGCGCCCGAGGUGACCCAGCGCCACAGGUGCAGUGGCACAAGGAGCGUGGAGACCUGCCCUGGGGCAGGCACGAGGUGGACCGGGAGCACACUCUGCACCUCUAUGCCGUGACGUCUGCCGAUGCCGGCGCCUACGUGUGUACAGCACAGAGCCAGCUGGGCACCGCCGCCGCCACCACCUUCCUCCACGUGGAGGACCGGCUGGCAGGGGGCCAGCAGGAGACUGCCCCACGGGACCUGCUGGCUGUGAGGCUGCACCUGGACAAUGGCACUGCGCUGCCCACUGCUGCUGUCCAGCUCCGCUGGCAGGUGCUGAUGCCGGUGCCGGUGCCUGUGGGCUACGUGGUGCUGUACCGCAGCCUGCUCCCGGUCACCACCUCCUGGGUCCAGCACGACGCAGGCAGGGAGCUCAGCACCGUCAUCCCUGCGCUCCGCAGGGGCUACAAGUACGAGUUCAAGGUCCGACCCUACACUGGAGGAGCCCAGGGCUCAGACAGCAACAGCAGGCACCUCUGGAUACCCGAGGAAGUCCCUAGUGCAGCGCCCCAGCGUGUCACCGUCAGCCAGGCUGAGGCAGGGAACGGCACCGUGGUCGUGAGCUGGGAGCCACCUCCUCCUGAAGCACACAACGGCGUCAUCCGGGGCUACCAGCUUUCAACAGUGCAGGACUGGGGGUUCCCAGCAAUGCCACGUGUGGAGUCCUGGGUAGGAGAUGGAGAGCAAGGUGGGGUGUGGGUGGGGGUCAAGGUGGUGACAUCAAGUGACACUGAUGGGAUCCUUGUAGGGCUGACAGCAGGGAGCAGCAGGAUGGUCCAGGCACUGCAGCAGCCUGCUGUCAUCGCAGCCGCUGGUUCCAUGCUCUGGUUGGCCUUACUCGCCCUCCUCCUCCUCCUCUGCCAGCGCCGGGCCAGCCAGGACGCUGCAGCUCGCCACAGGCUGGUGGCUGGUGACUCGCCAUGGCUUGGUGGUCCCUGGAAACCCAGCUGUGCUCCCCGAAACCUCAGCAGCAGCAGCAGCCUCAGCAGCCGGCUCCUGGGCAGUGAUGGCAGGGACCCCCACCCCUCCAGUGAGCCCUGUGGAGACUGGUAUCCCCACCCAUUGCCAUGGGACCCCCACCCCUCCACUGCCCUCUCCUUGGAGCCGCCGAGCCUUGGUCCCCCCACGCCCCCCAUCCACAGCAGCCUCCAUGGGGGACACCCACCGCCCCUCGGGGACAUGGGGUGCUGUGGUGGGGGGCACCCCGGGGUGCAUUCCUCACCCAGCACCCCAAACCCAGCACCCUGGGAGCGUGUUCGCAAGAGAGAGCUGCACCAAGUGCACAGCACCCCUGUGCUCACAGCUGGCCCCAGCCACAUCCCUGUCUCUGGAAGUGGAGGCGAGUGGGGGACAGACUUUGGGCAGGCAGCCAGGCAGCCUCAGCAAAGGGGACACGAGGGUGACACCAUCUCUGCCAUGAUGGACAGCAGAGACCCACAGCUACCGGUCUUCAGCUCUCCAAAGCCACCUCGGGGCAGCACCUCACCGGCCUCUGGUGUAACCACAUCACUGGUGACACCGCCGAGACCACCCCAUGCCUGGCACCCACCAGUGACACGGUCCCCGGCCUCCGUGUGCCCCAGGGACACAUUUCUGGUCACCAGGCAUCCCAAGGACAUGUCCCCACUCCCUGGGAUCCCCAGGGACAUGUCCCCAGUCACUGAGAGCCCCAGGGGUGUGUCACCAGCCACCAGGAACCCUAGGGACAUGUCCUUGGUCACUGAGCAGCCCAAGGACAUGUUCCUGGACAGCAGGCAUGCCAAGGAUGUGUCCUCAGUCACCAGGACCCCCAGGAACAGGUCACCAGCCACCAGGCACCACAAGGAUCCAUCACCACCAACCAAGAACCAGAGGGACACAGUCUUGGCCACCAGGCACCCUGAGGACACCUCCCUGGUCACCAGGUGCCCCAGAGACCCAUUACCAGUAGCCAAGUGCCAGAGGGACAUCUCACUGUCCACCAGGCACCCCAAGGACAUGUCCCCAACCAGCAGGCACCCAAAGGACAUGUCCCAAGGCAUAAGUCUGCCCAAGGAGAUGUCCCCACCCACCAGGCACUGCAGGGACAAGUUCCUGGCCUCCAGCAGGUCCCCUGAAAAUAUGUCACCAGCCUUGAGGCAUCCCAACGACAUACUGCCAGCCACUGGGCACCCCAGAGACACAUCUCCAUUCACCAGGCACCCUGAGGAGAUGCCACCAGUCCCCAAGCACCACAGGGACAAGUUGUUGGACACCAGGUACUCUAAGGAUAUAUCUCAGGCCACCAGGAGCCCCAGGGAUGCAUCACUGGUGACCAUGCACACAAGGGACGUGUCCCUGUGCAGCAGGUCCCCUGAAAACAUGUCACCAGCACUAAGGCAUCCCAAGGACACAUCUCCAGCCUCCAGGCACCCCAGGGACAUAUCUCCAGCCACCAGGCACCCCAGGGACACAUCUCCAGCCACCAGGCAUCCUGAAGAGGUGUCUCCUGCCACUGGUCACCAGAAGGACAAGUUCUUGGACACCAGGUACGCCAAGGACAUGUCCCCAGCCACCGGGCGCCUCUCGCCAGCGUUCAGCGACGGGGUCCUCACACAACAGCAGGUGGCUGAGGUCCUGGAGAUGGAGCAGGACACUAACUGCUGCAGACCCCCAGCACCAACCACACCACGGUCCUUCUCACCCCUGCACACCUAUGGCUACAUCUAUGGGCCAUCAGCCUCUGAGCUAGGUGAGGAGGAGGAGGAGGAGGAAGAGGAGGAGGAGGAGGAAGAGCAUACAGCAACGAGGGGCUCACCAGGAGGGUCGCUGCUGAAUGGCUGGGGGUCUGUCUCGGAGGACAUCUUUGCCAGCACCCGCUGCAGCUUGGUGAGCUCCUGCGAUGGCUCCUUCCUCCUGGACGCCAGCUUUGCCCGGGCACUGGCCGUGGCCAUCGAUGGCCUCUGCUACAGCCUUGAGGACACCGAUGGGGCCUACGAGGGUCCCUCACCACCACCAUCGCCUCUGGAGCAGGUCUUCCCACCUGGAGUCCACACCACCACCUGGGACUGGCGGACAGUGCUGGAGGCCCCACAGAGAACCAGGAGAGAGGCAGCCAUUAACAGUAGCUCACAGAAUGGUGGCCAAGGGUCGGGGAUUGGCAGCCCCUGGGCCAGGGAAGGUGGUGAGCUGCAGACAGGAGGGACAGGAGCGAGGCAGUCCCCAGGGCGCAGGACACAGCAAGGCCAGACCCAUUGGCUCAGCUAAAAUCCAGCUUUAUUAGGCAGCUCCCCAAACCGGGGCUCUGUACUAGGAAAAGUCACCCACAAAAGGUGGAUGGCACCUAGGUGGGUGGGUGUCCCUCAUUAUUCAGUGUUCUUGUCCUUCCCAAGUGUCCUUCUUGCAGUGUCCCCAUCCCUCCUCAGCAUCCCCAACCCUUCCCAAAUUCCUCCCCAGCAUCCUCAUCCUCCCCAAGAGUCUGCAUCCCUCUAAAUGUCCUUGUCCUUCUUCAGUGUCCUACUCCUUCCCUGGCAUACUUAUCCGCCUUUACAAUCCUUCUCCAACAUAAGCACUGUUGCCCACCCUGUGUUGUCUUUCCCAAGGGUUGUUGACCCCCUUGACCAUCCCCGUUCCCGCUGACUAUUCCCAUUCCUUGCAGCCAUCCUUAUGAUUUCUGAUAGUUCAUGCUCUUCCUCAACAUGCUUGUCCAACCUUUUCUAUCCUUGUCUCUCCCAAAUGUUUUCAUCCUUCCCAAGCCACCUGAGUGGCCUUGUGCUCCCUCUAAAUGUCCUUGUCCCUCCUAACCAUCUUCAUUUCCGGGCUUCCCAGCCCUCCUGAGCAUCCGCAUCCUUCAUCAGUUGUUUUGUUCCCCAUGCCAAGUGUCCUUUUCCUUCCCCACUGUCCUCAUCCCCCUGCAACCAUCCUCCUUGUCCCUCACUACUGUCCUUGACCCUCCCAAGCAAUCUUGGUUUUUUCCAAGUGUCCUCUUCCCCCCAGCAAUCCUCAAUCCCCUAGAAAUCCUUGUCCUUCCUCCGUGUCCUCUUCCCUCCAGGCAUCCUUGUGCCCCAGCCUUCCUUGUACCUCACCAGCACCCUCAUCCAUCUGCUGUAUCCUUGUCCCCCACCAUUUAAUCCUGUCCCCCACCAACUGUCCCCUUCCCCUUCAAUCACCUCAGCCCUCACAGAUGUCCUUGUCCUUUCCCAGCACCCUUGUUCCUCCAAGCUGUCCUUGUCUCCAGGAUUUUUGCCCCAGUUAAGCAUCUUCCUCAUCGCUCCCCAGCACCCUCAUCCCUCUUCUGCUCAUCUCAUCUUCUGCUCAUCCCAACUGUUUCUGUCCCCAGUGUUCAUGUCCUCCCUUGAGCAUCUUCCUUGUCCUUCCCGAGCAUCCUUGUUCCUCCCCAGUGUCCUAAUUCCUUGUGAAUUCCUCGCCCCACCCCUAGAAUCCCUGUCCCCCUCACUCUGACGCCGACUGGCCGCGACCUCUGUGCAACCCUAUUUCUUUGGAGCCACUCAGAAAUUAAAGAACAUCCCUCCGUGUCCCCCGUGUCCCCAUCCCCA